AUGGAAGGAGAGGAGCCACCUGCAGAACUUGAUGCCAGGAAAUCUCAGCUGGCAUCCAUGAAGAAAACGACACUGGAUUUCAGUUUCUGUGAGGAUGCUGGAAUGGGUGAUGAUUUUGCUUCUGCAUCCACUAGUGAGGAGAUAGCGACGCAAAUCAUGGCUGAACUUGGCCAUCUUACCAAGGCUGCAAGAAGUGCGGAAAAGAUCCUGACUGCUGUCCUCAGAGCACUUGAUGAAAGGCACGGAUGGAAGGCUGAUGAGCCAGUUGUGGCUGCAAGCGUUGGUGUCUUGCACCAAGCCUUCGCUGAGCAGCACCACCAGUUCCUCCUCUUCACAGUUCUUCUGCGCCAUGCGUCUUCCGCAGAUCACCUGUCAGUUUCAGAGCGUGCCUGCCUCAUAAGACUAGCAGUUAAUGAAGGGCUGUCUCAAGAACGGCACUUUCUGAGUGCCGUCCUGGCUCAGUGCCUGACACACCUACCAGCACAGCUGCCCUUGCUCGCUGAUGUUCCUGUUCUGGGUUCGGCAACAUCUACAUCUGGUGGCGAGCUGGACGUGCCCAAGCCAUUGCCAAAAGCAAAUGGAAACAUGGAAGAAGAGGAUCUGCGGACUGCUGUGUUGGACAGCAUCGCUGAGGUUAGUGGAAGCAUCGAGGACACUGGCGUCUUGGUUGACGAAUUGACACGAAUCUUGGCACAGCUCCGCUUGCCAAAUGGCCUUGGCAAGGGAGAUAGUGCCGAUGCAGUUGUUGCUGUGCUGGAGUGCGUAGCUGCUGCAUUGAGAGCAGUUGUAUUGCGUCCUGACGAGGGUCGCAAAAUCCCCUUCAGCAAGAAGAAUGAUAUGUUUCUGGAGCUGCUAAGUCUGCAUUUGAGUCUGCCUGCCCUGCCAAGGCUGCAAAUUCACAGAUUACUUCAGAUAUUGGUGCCUGCUGGAAUUGGGGAGAGUACUUUGCCUCCUGCACUUGUGUCAGGUUUUCUCACAGCAGUUUACAAUGAAUUGCUGGAUGCAAACUUGGUGCCUGAGUCAUUUGUGGCGAUCGCCGGAACGUUUGCUGUAGUAAUGAGGAGUUCUGAUGCGAGGGGCUGGGUGACUGGUCUUCAAUUUGUGAACCUGCUCGUGACGAUGGCACUCAAGGAUCACGAAACCUCGUCCCUUGCUCUGGGCGCUGUCCGCCAGGGCGCUAUCAUCCUUCUUGCCAAUACAUCGUUGUUGCAGCUCAGCAUGGUCGUGGACUGUCCUGACUUGGAAACAGCAACACUUGACACAGGAGACAUCCUGAAGCCUUGCUUGAGAAUAAGUAUCACUAAUGCUGGCCAGAUGCAGGCCUUCAGUCAGGCGUUCCCCGAUAAGCUGGACAGACAGGCAACUGAACAACUGAGGAACCUGUGUGAGAGCGAACCUGACCUGCCUGGGCGCUUGAUCAAGCUGGGCUGCAAAGUGUCCAGCUUGAGAAACGCAUUUGGCUCACAGCUGGAGGAUAUGCUGGGAACCUGCUUCAGCCCUGACAGCUCGGAUGGCAUCCCACAGCGAGCCAAGAGGCCGCUUUCUCAAGGGCGAUGCAGCACCCCAGAAGGAAGCAUCAGUCCCUGCGAGCCGGAAGCCACUGAGCAGACCAGAGCUAUGGACUUCUCAAGGAAGGUGCUUGCAGUGCUUUCGAAGGGCUCCUCUUGGAAGGAGGGGCCAUAUCAGAUGCCAAGGCCACGAAGUGUACAAGAGCUCUUGGCAGUUGAUGAAAACGACGCCGACACAACCAAGAACUCAACCGGAGGCGACAAUGGAGGGGAAGAGGACGAACCGGAUGGGAAGAAGACUACAAGUCGCACAGCAGCACUGAAGUCAGUUUUGAGCAUGCUGGACAGGGAGCACGGAUCUGAUGGAAAGACAAAUUCGCUGAAUAUGGAUGACCUUGUGCUUGGCCUAGAUCCGAUUUCUUGA